AUGUCCCCUCAUCACGGCCCAGGCGACCCCAUAAGCUUCAGCACAGUGCCCAGCACGCCGCCGCUGUCGCUGCCGCCGUCAUCGCCGCCCGCCGCCUCCAGGCCCGGCGGCAGCAGCCCCUCCCCCGGCCGCGCGAGCAGGGGGCUGUCCAGCACCGCAAAGCCGGCCGCGACGCCGCCCUCGUUUGAAGAGGACGUCUUAGGCCAGCAGCAGCAGCAGCAGCAGCAGCAGCAGCAGCAGCAGCAGCAGCAGCAGCAGCAGCAGCAGCAGCAGCAGCAGCAGCAGCAGCAGCAGCAGCAGCAGCAGCAGCAGCAGCAGCAGCAGCAGCAGCAGCAGCAGCAGCAUGCAAACAGCAUGCAAACAGCAUCGCCACCUGCCAAGCAAGCCGCCUUGCAGCCCACCUCGUCCCCCUUGCGCACAAAGGUGCCGUAA